AUGGAAAGAGACCUGGACUUUAAACUUCAGAGACAUGAACUCAGUUCUGUCUGUGCCCAAAUGAUAUGCAGCUUUCGUGGAUCUGUACCCCAAGGCUUAGUCCUGGAAAUAGGAGAAACUGUUCAGAUUCUGGAAAAAUGUGAAGGUUGGUAUAGAGGAGUUUCAACAAAGAAACCUAAUGUAAAGGGGAUCUUUCCUGCAAACUACAUUCAUUUGAAAAAGGCAAUUGUCAGCAACAGAGGGCAGUAUGAAACUGUGGUACCACUGGAAGAUUCUAUUGUGACAGAGGUCACAGCAACACUACAAGAGUGGGCUAGUCUCUGGAAGCAACUCUAUGUGAAACACAAAGUAGAUCUUUUCUACAAAUUACGUCACGUAAUGAAUGAACUUAUUGACCUUCGGAGGCAGCUACUCUCAGGUCACCUUACUCAGGAUCAGGUGCGAGAAGUCAAGAGACAUAUCACAGUGCGCCUGGACUGGGGGAAUGAGCAUUUGGGCCUGGACCUAGUUCCUCGAAAGGACUUUGAAGUGGUGGAUUCUGACCAGAUUAGUGUCUCUGAUCUCUAUAAAAUGCACUUAUCUAGCCGACACAGUGUCCAGCAAAGUACAUCCCAGGUGGAUACCAUCCGUCCACGUCAUGGAGAAGCCUGCCGGAUACCAGUGCCACAUCAUUUUUUCCUCAGUCUAAAAAGUUUUACCUAUAAUACCAUUGGAGAAGAUACAGAUGUCUUUUUUUCUUUGUAUGACAUGAGAGAAGGCAAGCAGAUCAGUGAGCGGUUUCUGGUGAGACUGAACAAGAAUGGUGGGCCAAGGAACCCAGAGAAGAUAGAUCGAAUGUGUGCCCUUUUUACAGAUCUGAGCAGCAAAGAUAUGAAGAGAGAUUUAUACAUAGUUGCCCAUGUGAUCCGAAUAGGUCGUAUGUUGCUGAACGAUUCUAAGAAAGGUCCUGCCCAUUUACACUACCGGCGCCCUUAUGGUUGUGCUGUCUUAAGCAUCGUGGAUGUUCUUCAGUCACUUUCUGAAUUAAAGGAAGAAAAGGAUUUUGUUCUUAAAGUUUACACAUGCAACAAUGAAAAUGAAUGGUACCAGGUCCAUGAAAAUAUCAUCCGAAAGUCUAGCACGAAGUACACUGCUCCCAGCUCCAACUACGGUCUUAUAAUUUCUUUGCAGCUUCUUCGUGGGGACAUGGACCAGAUUCGGAGGGAAAACCCUAUGAUCUUUAACAGGGGCUUGGCAGUUACCAGGAAAUUGGGUUUCCCAGAUGUCAUCAUGCCAGGUGAUAUCCGAAAUGACCUCUACCUAACCCUGGAAAAGGGAGAUUUUGAGAGGGGGGGAAAGAGCGUGCAAAAGAAUAUCGAAGUGACCAUGUACGUUCUCUAUGCAGACGGAGAAAUUUUAAAGGACUGCAUCAGCCUUGGCUCCGGAGAGCCCAGCAGGAGUUCUUACCACUCUUUUGUCCUCUACCAUAGUAACAGCCCUCGCUGGGGGGAAAUCAUCAAAUUACCCAUCCCUAUAGAUAGGUUCCGUGGCUCCCAUCUGCGCUUUGAGUUCAGACAUUGUUCUACAAAAGACAAAGGAGAAAAGAAACUGUUUGGCUUUGCAUUUACUCCUCUGAUGCGAGAUGAUGGCACCACCCUCUCAGAUGAUAUCCAUGAACUCUAUGUCUAUAAGUGUGAUGAAAAUAGUACAUUUAAUAACCACGCACUCUACCUGGGCCUCCCAUGCUGCAAAGAAGACUACAAUGGCUGUCCCAAUAUUCCUUCCAGUCUCAUCUUCCAACGCAGCACCAAAGAGACCUUCUCUAUCUCCACACAGCUCUCAUCCACCAAACUUACUCAGAAUGUGGACCUCCUUGCUUUGCUGAAGUGGAAGGCUUAUCCAGACCGGAUCAUGGAUAUUCUGGGGCGCCUCCGGCAUGUCAGUGGGGAGGAAAUCGUUAAGUUUCUGCAAGACAUCUUAGACACACUGUUUGUGAUUUUGGAUGAUAAUACUGAAAAAUAUGGACUUUUGGUCUUUCAGUCCCUGGUAUUCAUCAUUAAUCUGCUCCGAGACAGCAAGUAUUUCCAUUUUCGGCCUGUGAUGGACACCUACAUUCAGAAGCACUUUGCUGGAGCAUUGGCAUAUAAAGAACUGAUCCGUUGUUUAAAAUGGUACAUGGACCGCUCAGCAGAACUCGUUCGCCAGGACCAUAUUCAAGAGGCCAUGAGGGCUUUGGAAUACCUUUUCAAGUUCAUUGUCCAGUCUCGGAUACUCUACUCCAGAGCUACAUGUGGAAUGGAAGAGGAACAAUUCCGAUCCAGCAUCCAAGAACUUUUCCAAUCCAUCCGAUUUGUCCUGAGCUUAGACAGCCGAAGCUCUGAAACACUCCUUUUCACACAGGCUGCUCUGCUGAACUCCUUCCCCGCCAUCUUUGAUGAACUGCUCCAGAUGUUCACUGUCCAAGAGGUUGCAGAAUUUGUGAGAGGGACUCUGGGGAGCAUGCCCAGUACAGUGCACAUUGGACAAUCCAUGGACGUGGUGAAACUUCAAUCUAUUGCCCGCACAGUAGAUAGCCGCCUGUUUUCCUUUUCUGAAUCCAGACGCAUCCUUCUCCCUGUGGUUCUUCACCAUAUCCACUUACAUCUAAGGCAACAAAAGGAGUUGCUGAUCUGCUCUGGGAUCCUCAGCAGCAUUUUCUCCAUCAUCAAGACCAGCUCGUUGGAAGCAGAUGUAGUGGAAGAGGUUGAAAUGAUGGUGGAGAGCCUUUUGGAUGUGCUCUUACAGACUCUGCUCACUAUCAUGAGUAAAUCACAGUCUCAGGAGGCGGUAAGAGGGCAGCGGUGCCCGCAGUGCACAGCCGAAAUCACUGGGGAAUAUGUAUCCUGCCUCCUCUCUCUUCUCCGUCAGAUGUCAGACACACAUUUCCAACAUUUACUGGACAACUUUCAGAGCAAGGAUGAGCUAAAGGAGUUCCUGCUUAAGAUAUUCUGUGUAUUUCGGAACCUGAUGAAGAUGAGUGUCUUUCCUCGGGACUGGAUGGUGAUGAGGCUGCUCACAAGCAAAAUCUCUUCUUUUCUCCAGGUGGAAGCUGAGCUAAUCGAUAAGCUGGAUAGCUUGGUCUCAGAAGGGAAAGGAGAUGAGAACUACAGGGAGCUCUUCAGCCUACUAACUCAGCUGUUUGGGCCCUACCCAAGUCUACUAGAGAAAAUUGAACAGGAAACCUGGAGAGAAACAGGCAUUUCAUUUGUCACUUCUGUCACUCGUCUCAUGGAGCGUCUCCUUGACUACAGGGACUGCAUGAAAGGAGAUGAAACUGAGAAUAAGAAGAUUGGCUGCACAGUUAAUUUGAUGAACUUUUACAAAUCUGAAAUCAAUAAAGAGGAAAUGUACAUCCGAUAUAUCCACAAGCUAUGUGACAUGCAUUUACAGGCUGAAAACUAUACUGAGGCUGCAUUUACUCUGCUUCUGUACUGUGAAUUGCUUCAGUGGGAAGACCGGCCACUUCGGGAAUUCCUCCACUACCCAUCACAAACUGAAUGGCAGCGAAAAGAGGGCUUGUGCCGAAAGAUCAUUCACUAUUUCAACAAAGGGAAGAGCUGGGAAUUUGGGAUUCCACUGUGCCGGGAGCUGGCCUGUCAGUAUGAAAGUCUCUACGAUUACCAAAGCCUAAGUUGGAUCCGGAAAAUGGAAGCCACCUACUAUGAUAACAUCAUGGAGCAGCAACGUCUGGAGCCUGAAUUCUUCAGAGUUGGUUUCUAUGGAAGGAAGUUCCCUUUCUUCCUCCGGAAUAAGGAAUAUGUCUGUCGGGGCCAUGACUACGAAAGGCUAGAAGCUUUUCAACAGAGGAUGCUGAGCGAGUUCCCUCAAGCGAUUGCCAUGCAGCACCCCAACCACCCAGAUGACUCCAUCUUGCAAUGUGAUGCCCAAUAUUUGCAGAUCUAUGCAGUGACACCAAUUCCAGAUUAUGUGGAUGUCCUUCAGAUGGAUCGUGUACCUGAUCGAAUCAAAAGCUUUUAUCGUGUCAACAAUGUUAAGAAGUUCCGGUAUGACAGACCUUUCCAUAAAGGUCCAAAGGACAAGGACAAUGAAUUCAAGAGUCUGUGGAUUGAGCGUACUACCCUAACCUUGACUCACAGUUUACCUGGAAUUUCUCGAUGGUUUGAAGUGGAGAGAAGAGAGCUGGUUGAAGUGAGCCCUUUGGAAAAUGCAAUCCAGGUUGUUGAGAACAAAAACCAGGAGCUUCGGACACUGAUCAGCCAGUAUCAACACAAACAAAUGCAUGGCAAUAUUAACCUGCUCAGCAUGUGCCUGAAUGGAGUCAUAGAUGCUGCUGUUAAUGGUGGCAUUGCUCGGUACCAGGAGGCUUUCUUUGAUAAAGAUUAUAUUACUAAGCACCCAGGGGAUGCAGAGAAAAUCACACAACUGAAGGAACUCAUGCAGGAACAGGUCCAUGUCCUUGGAGUGGGGCUAGCAGUUCAUGAGAAAUUUGUACAUCCAGAAAUGCGCCCUCUACAUAAGAAGCUAAUUGAUCAGUUCCAGAUGAUGCGGGCUAGUCUCUAUCACGAGUUUCCUGGUUUGGAUAAACUGAGUCCAGCAUGUUCUGGCACUAACACAACCCGAGGGACUGUUCUGGUGUCCCAUAGCCCAAUGAGCCCAGAAACCAUCAAGAUGGUGCAUCGUCACAGCCCAAUGAACUUGAUGGGAUCAGGCCGCCAUUCAUCAUCGUCUCUCUCCUCUCAUGCGUCCAGUGAACCUGGGAACAUGGUGAUCCUGCCUGACGGCUCCAUGGGAGAGGUCCCCGAGGACAUGUACCAUCACAUGCAGCUUUCUUACCCCAGCACCAGAUACCAGGGCUCCAUCACGAACGUCUCUGUUUUGUCCUCAUCCCAGGCUAGCCCUUCUUCCUCCAGCCUGAGCUCCACCCACUCAGCCCCAUCUCAAAUGAUGAAUUCUGCCCCACCCAGUGCCCGAGGCUCUCCCUCUCUGCCAGAUAAGUACCGACACUCUCGGGAGCUGAUGAUGCUGCUGCCCACUCACCGAGACCGCCCGAGCAGUGCCAUGUAUCCAGCUGGAGUCAUGGAGCAUGGACAGCCUCCAAAUUUCCAGCGUGCUUUGUUCCAGCAAAUGAUCGGACCCUGUAAGCCCUGCAGUGACCCUAAUCUAUCUGUGGCUGAAAAAGGACACUAUUCUCUACACUUUGAUGCCUUUCAUCAUCCCCUUGGCGAUGCUCCUCCAGCCCUUCCUGCUCGGACACUACGAAAGUCUCCUCUCCAUCCCAUCCCUGCAUCACCCACAAGUCCCCAGUCUGGCCUGGAUGGAAGCAAUUCUACCCUGUCAGGCAGUGCCAGCAGCGGUGUGUCCUCCCUGAGUGAGAGUAACUUUGGGCAUUCUUCAGAGGUCCCACCUCGUACUGACACCAUGGACUCUGUCCCUAGCCAGGCCUGGAACACGGAUGAAGACUUAGAGACACCCUACCUCCCGGUCCGGUACAGUCUCUCAGAGCCUGACGUCUUGGAGUCAGUCAAAUCUCAGCCAUGCCGGAGCCACUCUGCCCCAAGUGGAGUCAUCCCUCAGGACCCCAUGGACCCUCCUCCUGCUUUACCCCCCAAACCCUACCAUUCCCGACACCCGCCCCUGGAGCAUGAGGAGGGGAUGAUGAUGAUGGAAGAAGAAGACAACAAACACCGACCUCUGCAUCGAAAAGUCUCUCUGCCCCCAGCCAGUAUCAAGGAAGAGCAAGCCAGGGUUGCCUGGGAGCAUGGCAUCAGUGAGCAGUAG